GUAUGGAGCCAAACGAAGUGUGGCCGACUUAGGGCAGACAAGCAAGCGAUGUCUCACACUCCCGUUACGCCGCUGCCUUCCCGCAAACUAACUAUCAUCACUUGUGAUAACUUAGGUCGCGAACUAGAGUGGGACGGGCUCGGGGAGGAUGGUGCGGGUAAUCCGAUAAGAUGUUCCUGGGCGGACGUGCUGCAGUCCGUGUCGAGUCGCCUUUGGAACCCGCGCUCGUACAUCCCAUCCGCCGUACGACGAAGCUACUGUGAAUACACCAUCGAGGACGACGCGGAUGACUGGGGGCCGAUUUUUCCAACCUCUUGUUAAGCUACCUAACAGUUAAAUCGCAUAUCUGUCUCUGUCUAAUUUGAAGAAGAGACAAAGACGGACAUGUAAUUUAAUCUGUUGGUUAACUUACCAAGAGGCUGGAAAAAUCGACGCUUGCUUGUCAAGUCCUUUAGUCUCUCCCGCGCCGUUGAGACGAAGAAUCGCGUCAUGGAAACGCGCGUUUUGCGCCCGAAUGAAUUUUUCACGCGGCAAAAUCAGGAACGCCAGCCUUGAUGAAAAUUUCUCGCGCGCUGCAAAUUUCAGAGCGCGACAGGGGAAAACUGAGGUGGAAGAUUUUUCUUGAAAAGAUCGGCGCGAUUGUGUGACGGAGCGACCGAGAAUUUUACCGCGUUCCGUUUCAACACGUUCCGUACCAACGUCACACAUGUGUGACGGCUGAAAUCUUUUUUUUUCUAUGUCCACAUUACCAAACUGAAGCCCAUGGAGUCAAAUUUCUCACUACAGAACGAACUUGGUAGCAUGCAUGGCUCCUCGUAACAACUUCAAAUCAUGCUCCGUAGAUUAUAUCGAGACGUGCGCCUUAAACAAGAUGAACACGACCCGGAUACAGGCAAUGAAGACGCGAAGGGAAGACAGUCGGACAAGACGUCGACGACUACGACGACGAGAACGACGAGUACGUCAGUUAACCGUCUCGACCCAUGUCACACGUCAAGGAUCCGUCGAAGCUUUCAAGCGCUUUCGAAACUCGUCGUUCCAAGCGGAUCUUUCCUGUCACACAUCAGCCCUUCAUAUUCACAAAAGUUCCUCUGGCAAGAACAGCAAGUUUCAGCAAGAACAUCAGAAAGCAAAGGCGACACACAAAGGAUUAAGUAUGACCGAUUGUAUUGGGAAAAAAAUACUUGAAAAUUGUGUGGAACAAAAGUUUAUCGCAGAAAUUAACCUUAUGUCGAAUAAAUUUUAUAUCCCACAAAUAAAUGUUCAAAGACUU